AUCAUAUCAUAAAAUCGUAGUUUAAUGAUUGGAUAAUCAGUUUUGUGGCCGUUGGAUCUUGACUAAAACCAAAAGAUUGGAGAAAAUCGAAUUUUAUAAAUUGCAGAAGAAGACGACGACUAGCUCCUUGUGUAGAAGAGACAAAUCUGGUUCGGAAGGAGGAGGAGGAGGAGGAGGAAGACGAUAGAUAGUUUGGUCUUAAAACUUUUUGUUGUCUGAUCGAUUUAAUCUCUUUCCUGGAAAAUCGAGCUCGAAAGUUUUGUCCUUUUUUUUUCAUUUUAGACAUUUCUUUCAAUUAAUUGGGCUGUCAAUUUUGACAUUUUCUUGAAUUUAAGAAAACUGGGUUCGACUUCAACGGAAACAAUCUGAUUCUUGAAAAUGAUCAAGAAAAAGACUUGGCCUUGGUGGUUAUUAGGUGGUAAAAAGGAGAAAGAGACCGAAGCUCGAGCCAAAGGAAAGGUUAUCAAGAGGAAGGAGCUGGAACUUGAGAGCUUUGGUUCCUCUGGCUCAGAUUCUGUAGCUGUUGCUUCUGCUGCUGCUUCUGCUGCUGUUGAGUGGUCUGUUGGAUGGACUGAACCACUUGGACCUGGUUUCCAAAGCGAAGAAGAAGGAGAUGAUGGUGGAUUCUUAGUUCUGGUUCCUUGUUACAGAGCUGUCGCUGAAGGCUCUGGUAAUAAACAGCUCUUGACUGCUGUCAAGAAUCUCCCCAGCGGUCUGUCUCCUGAUGGGAAGAAUUACAUGGAUCAAUGGCUUUCAUCUCUGGAGAACCUUUGACCAGGAGGUCUCUUCCUUUUGUAGUUAGUUAGUAGUUUUAGGUAUCUAACAACGCUCUGAAGAAUCAUUUUGGUUACUACAUAAAUCCUGAAAACCAAUUAAAAGGAGAAAAAGAGAAGAAGAAGCACAAGUAGCUAGUUUUACGGUUUAGAUUAAGGUGAUGGGUAUUGUUUAUAUUGAUCUCGGAUUCAGAUGAUGAGUAUUGUUUAUAUUGAACUUGUAAAAGGAUUAAGCUUGAAAAGGAAGAAGAAGA